CAGAGAUAUGGUGCUGUAAACCAUGUGUAUACAGGUUCGACACAUAGGAAUGCUAAAUCAAACCAAGGAUUACCUAUAUUUGAUGUAAAUACCAAAUUAGCCACCGGAAUGGUACAGACUCAUGUGAAUAACUUCCUUGCCUCACUGAAUAUACCGGGUAUACACCACAAGACAUUAAAGAAAAGAGAAAGAGAAGCAGGUGUUGGUAUUGAGAAUGUUGCAAAACGACUGUGUGUUAAAGCUCUAACUGAAGAACAAAAACUUAGUUCACAUGAAAAUCAAGUUGAUAUUUCCUUUGAUGGUGCAUGGCAGCGCCGUGGCUCUGGCAAAGAAUAUAACAGUCUGUCAGGUCAUGGUGCUGCUAUAGGUGAAGCAACUGGUAAAAUUAUGGGAUAUGCUGUGCGUUCAAAGGGAUGCAACAUUUGUGAAAAUGGGGAUAUGAACACAAGAAAACAUGACUGUCGUAAAAACUGGACAGGGAGUUCCAAAGCUAUGGAAGGAGAUAUUGCUGUUGAAGUGGUAAAAACUAUUAACCAAACUAGUGCUAAAACAGUAUAUUUAACUAUACAUGAGGAUACAACAACCAUUCAUAAACUAAGAACAGAAAUUAACCAAGAUAUUGAAAAGAGACCAGAUAUGAACCACACCAAAAAAGGUCUAGGAAAUAUGAACUUUCAAAAACUCACAAAAUAUUAA